UUCUCGUUGUAAAUUCAAUUCAGUUUUUAAGUAAUGCUACUCCUAAAAUUUCCACACUUUUUUACGUCAUCGCCCCUCUGGGUGAGUGACGUGUUUCGUCACAGCGGAAGUCCAGCCCUCCAGCUUCACGCGAAUUCACAACAUCCAAGAUGUCUGCCACCACAGCCUGCCUCGUUUCCUACGGUAGCGACUCGGAUUCAGAUAAUGAGUCAACUUCUAAAACCGGUGUUGUUAACGUGGACCCGACGAACCCGGACUCCACCGCUCACCUCAAACCUCUAAAAUCGGUCCCCACGAUGUCUGUGGCUCUUCUCAAUUCUGCUCCCGAGGUGGCCGUCAAGGAGGCUGUUGAGACUGGCACACAUCUGGACCCUUCAUUGAAAGAAGUCACUUACAACCCGACGUUUGAAACCAUGUUUGCGCCGGAGUUUGGGCCAGUGAACCCAUUUAAAAGCCAGCAGAUGGCUGCCCCCAGAAACAUGUUAUCUGGCUAUGCAGAACCUGCUCACCUCAACGACUUUAUGUUUGAACAGCAACGGAGGACCUUCUCCACCUAUGGUUAUGCUUUAGAUCCAUCUGUUGACACACACCAGGUAACCGCUAUCAGCUACAUUGGCGCAGUGGAUGAGGCAGAGAAAAACAAAGGGCUAACUGUGUUUGAGACCGGACAGAAGGACAAGAGGUCUGAGAAAAGAAAAAAGAUCAAGGGUGGAGAGGCAGGAGAGAUUGAUACAUUCCUUGGACCAUGGGCAAAGUACAUAGAUGAAAAAGAUAGUGCCAAACCAUCAGAGGAAGAGCAAAAAGAGCUGGAUGAGAUCACAGCCAAGCGGCAGAAGAAGGGAAAGAAUGAGGAAGAAGCUCCUGCAGAAGAGAAAACUAUUCUCCAUGUUAAAGACAUGUAUGAUUACCAGGGCAGGUCGUACCUCCACAUCCCACAGGAUGUUGGUAUCAACCUGCGCUCUACAGAGGCUCCAGACAAGUGUUACCUGCCUAAGAAACAGAUUCAUGUCUGGUCCGGACACACCAAGGGUGUCAGUGCCAUCAGACUGUUUCCUAACUCUGGUCAUCUUCUGCUCUCCUCUUCCAUGGACUGUAAGAUCAAGCUGUGGGAAGUGUACGGCGAGAGGAGGUGCAUACGGACGUUUAUUGGUCACAGCAAGGCAGUGCGAGACAUUUGCUUCAACAACAGCGGGACCAAGUUCCUCAGCGCCGCCUACGACCGAUACCUCAAACUCUGGGACACUGAAACAGGCCAGUGCAUCUCCCGCUUCACCAACAGGAAAGUGCCGUACUGCGUCAAGUUCAACCCGGACGAGGAGAAGCAGAGCCUUUUCGUGGCCGGCAUGUCGGAUAAGAAGAUAGUCCAGUGGGACAUCCGGACAGGUGAGGUCGUUCAGGAGUACGACCGUCACCUGGGAGCCGUCAACACCAUCACCUUCGUCGAUGAGAACCGGCGCUUCGUGAGCACGUCGGACGACAAGAGCCUCCGAGUUUGGGAGUGGGACAUCCCUGUGGACUUCAAGUACAUCGCCGAGCCCAGUAUGCACUCAAUGCCAGCUGUGACACUCUCUCCUAACGGUAAAUGGCUAGCGUGCCAGUCUAUGGACAACCAGAUUCUGAUCUUUGGAGCCCAAAACCGCUUCAGACUGAACAAGAAGAAAGUCUUCAAAGGCCACAUGGUGGCUGGCUACGCCUGCCAAGUGGACUUCUCCCCCGACAUGAGCUAUGUGGUGUCCGGAGAUGCGGAUGGAAAGCUGAACAUUUGGGAUUGGAAGACCACCAAGCUGUACCACAGGAUCAAGGCUCACGACAAGGUGUGCAUCAGCGCACUAUGGCAUCCGCACGAAACCUCUAAGGUCAUCACCUGCGGUUGGGAUGGACAAAUCAAGCUCUGGGACUAGAUAUGUCCUGAUGUGUGUGUCUGUUGGGGGAUGGGGAAUAGAACUGAACUGGUUCACUAUAGAGAGACGACAAGUCACUGGUUGUCCCAUAGAUUUUGUGAAAAAGUGAAAGCCACAGGACUGGUAUCCAGUCCAAUUGUUGCAGCGUAUUUUUGUAUCCUGCCGUGAGAGUAAAAACUUUGAGAGUAAAAUCUGUGCAAAGAUGACCACACGCAUACAUUUAAAAAUGUUUCUACUGCAAACGGCAUAUUAGAGCGGAACCUUGACAUUUUUUUAAAUAUCUUUUUGUUAUUUCAAUGUAUAAUGUUUCUAUGUAGUAUACCUCUGUAAUCCUCGGUAACCAUUCUUAAUUUUCAAUUGUGUGAACAUCCAAUUGUGGAAAUAAACAUUCUGUAAAUUUGA